UUCGCUGUCGUUCAGUGAAGUGACUCGUUUGACGGGACAUUCUUUAAGUUCGUCAUUAGCGAGUGAACACGCUCAUCCAACCUCAUUCCAGUCUGAAGGCCAAUGGGCGAGAUUUCAGUCUGUGUGCUAUUUAUCCUCUAACAACUGCGACACAACAUUCACACAUGCUGGAUCCCUUUGAAUCGUGAAGGAAGAACUCAAUGGAUUAUUAAUUAUGAGGAGUUGAGAAGUGGAUCUUUUUGAAGAACUGCUGUAAGCCUUCGAGGCAGAAUAAUGGAACAGAAUGAGUCAAUAGACUUUAAGUCCCUGAAGGCCCGGUUUCAGGGUGAAAAUAAUUUGAAGAUCCCCACCAAACCUGUCAUACCAGAGAAACCCAAAAGUGUCCCUCCUCUGCCGGCGAAAGUCAGCAACCCCCUGAUCAGCUCCAUUCAUAGUGCCGUGAAAAAGGGUACGCUACACGCUCCACGUGUGGUCUUCAGAGAUGAUAAAAAUCUCAACCACCAGCUCUCUCCAACGUGGGGGUCAAAGGGCAAUGAGCAACAACCUGCCAGUAAUUCAGAACUGCUGGAUAACAACCAGAAGAGGGAAGGCGACAUUCCCAAGAGGCCUAUCAAAUAUAGGAAUCUUCCACUGGUUCUGCCAGUGCCUCCAAUAAAAGCUAAAACCCCAGAGCCUGAAACCAGCCCGCUUACACCUGUGUCUGUUUCACCAGCCAUAGUGUCCACUCCCAAGAAAUUUGUAUUUAACCCUACAAAAACUGGCAAUGAUGUUGUUAACCUGACAUCAUCUGCUGAACGCAGUCCACUUACACCACAGUCUGUUUCACCAGCCAGAGUGUCCACACCCAAGACAUUCAUAUUUAACACUACAAAUGCUGGAACAGAUACUGUGGAAAACCCAAAACCAGCUCUUCGUACUUUUGACUAUUCUCCUCAAAGUCGCCCGGCUCCUGCUAACCCAUCUAUAACAGCUACUGCCCCUUCUGAGAAUGUACCCAUAGUCCCCAAGGCUCUUAUGCCUCCUCAGACUUCAGCUGGAGAGUGUCCCGUCCCCAGCAUUUCUGUCUCAAGUAUUCCAGCACCACACAUUCCAACCUCUCCCAGCCUUCAGCCUAAGAUUCCUGAGCAAGCCAUUCCAAAACCAGCCAUUCGUUCUCAAGCUGUUCGUAAGCCAGCGGAUACUCUGACAGAAACACCUCCUAAACCGAAUAUAAAUUUGCUCAGUUUAUCUGAGGUAUUUCCUCCACCACAAGAAAGCCCUCCUCCGGACUUCACUGAUAUUCCUCCUCCAAUUUUCCCUGAUGAGGAUUUUCCAGAUGAAGUCUUUUCUGAUCAAGCCAUUCCUAGAUUCCCUGCAUCUAUUAGUCCGACUAUCUCCAGGACAUCCUCCCCUGCCCCACCCACUCGUUCAACCAUAUCUCCAGAGCUUUUGCUGAAGCCCUAUACAUCUCGUCAAGGCUCCGUUGCCACUCCAAGCCCCCCUCCAACAGUCCUACUGGAUAGUGCAAAAUCCCUUAUGGAUAAAACGGAAGUCAACAAGGAGAACCAGACCUCACCAAAGUCACCACUUUCAUUCUUGGCGAGAGCCGAGGAGAUGUCUCCAGUUAAACGUACCGCACCACUUGACAACCGUGUGUUUAACCUACUAGAAAGGGCCAAGAAGAUGUCCACCAUGAGCCAGCUGGCUAGCACACCUGAAAAUACAUCCCCAUAUAAGAUGGAUGCACCUACGGUAGCUCUGUCUGAUGCUUUGACCCCUGACAUGGCCCAACCUGAUCUAAGGCCAACUGAAAAAGCCUUACCACAGAUACCCACAGCCAUGCCUGAGGAAGCCUCGACUAUGCCAGAUAUUUUUGAAUUCCCUCCUGUUGACUAUGCGGAUCAUGCUCAUGUGCCACCCGAAUCCCAUCUACCUGAAACUCCACAGGUUAAUGGAUUUGAUCACAGGCAACUUUCACCAGGGUUUGUGACAGUGGUAAAGCCAGUGAAUCCACCAACCCCACCAAUCCGGAAGCCUCUGCCGGCCACACCUGUCGGAGAGACCCCACCUGAGAAACCAAAGCCUCCUUCUGAACACCUUCAGAUUCCUACCACUCCAACUCAACAUCUUGAGGCAUAUGACGAGCAGCCAUAUGACAACUCUUUUGAUGAAUCUUUUGAAGAUACUGAAGAAUUCAAAACUCCACCCCUUCCGAACUUUAGGCCAAUACCUCCAGUAGUCUCAGGUUUUGGAAGACCAACAUCUGUUCAUGAAAAAGCCUUCCUGGAAAAGUGGGAUCCAAACCAUCAGGCUGCAGGGGAGAUGCUUCCAAACACGGAUUACAGAGACAAUGGAGAAGUAGAUUUCGGAUCUGUGAACUCUAGCUCUCCACAGCCAGGCACACACGCCUCUUUACUUCAAGAUCAUGUGCGAAGCUCCCCUGUCAGUCAAGGAUUCUUAUCUCCAUCAGGUGACAAUGUCUAUGAAGACCUAUCAGUUGAUAAAAAGGCGAAGAAUAAGAAACAGAAAGGACCUCCAAAAAAUCCAUAUGCUGAUGCAGCUACCGCCGUGGAGGAGACUCCCAAGAAAGGCUUGUUCUCCAGAAAAGACUCGGCAAAGGUGGCUCAUGAAAAAGAACUAAAGAAGGAGAAACAGCGGGAGAAGGAAAAGGAGAGAGAGAAGGAAAGAGAGAGAAAGGAGCAGAAGGAAAAGGAAAAGAAAGAAAAUGAAAUAAAGAAAAAAUUUAAGAUCACGGGACAGGAGGAGCCCAUUUAUAACGUUAAAGUGAUGGAGGACUGUAAGGGCCGUAAAAAUGACCUGCCGGUAAAAGUUGGAGAAACUGUGAGCAUCAUUCGUACCACCAGCUGCCCUAAAGGGAAAUGGCUUGCCAAGGACAGCAGCAACAGAUACGGUUAUGUCCCAGUGGAGAGCAUGGAUUUGAACAUCGCUGGAAUUAAGGAACUGGGGAAGAUGACAACAGUGACCAAUAGACCCAUUGGCAAUGGUCUCAGGGAUGCGGAACACACCAGUACAGGCAGCAGAACCUCGGAUCAUAACGCCAUGAACAAUGAAAGCUUCUCAGAUGACAGCGAGGAAUGGACAUGCGAUGAUGAUGACCCCACGUUCAGCUCACCCAGUGAAGCGGCACACAUAGGGCUGAAUCAGACACCAGCCACACCAAUGAGAGUGAGUGAACAAGGUCCUGUCCAACAAACACAGACGGAUGGAAAUUACACAAAUGCGCACGCAAAACAUGAAGCCCUUCAGAAACUAUCCACAUUCUUCACACAACCCAACACGCCCUCUCAGCCUCCGCCGAUAAACAAGGCACCAAUACUGGAAAUGCCUAAAGCAGACUAUACUGGCCAUUUAAAUCAAGAGGAAGAAGAUCUAGACAUCCCUUACUUCAAGGUACUUCCUCCUCCAGAUCUGUAUGCUGACAUCAUCGCUGGCGAUUCUGUACCAAUUUACAGCAAGCCCAUCAAAACCUCCACAAAAUAAAGCAACAGGUCCCUUGUGAGGUGUGUGGUUCGAUAAAACCACAGGAAAUGACCGUAUCACAUGCUAAGAUGAUGUGUCUGUCAAGUGUGAAAAAUGAUGUUUGUGACUGUGUGUAAAUCUGUAAAUGUAUCUAAGUGAGCUAGCGGCUCCAGGGAAGAUCUGUUUCCUCAUGUUGUUCAUUCUAUUUAAAAAAUGCUCGGUGUGGUAAUACGAUAUCUUGUUUUUUUUAUCUACAGUAAGUAUUAUUUCAUUCGCUUUUUUUACAUUCAACUACAUAUCCUGGAUCUGUUCCUUGUGUGCUGUACAUAAUCGAUUCUGUGACAGACAUUAAGCAAUUAAUGUCUGGGCUGAAAGUCAUAAUGGAACACAUGAAUUAAGUUGGUAAACGAAAACAAUUGAAUGUUUAAGAUCUUAUGCCCGUUAAAGCAAAUUACAGCUUGUUAAAGCAAAGUGCUUGGUAAGGUUUUAAAACUAUAUAGCCUCGUAGACUCAUUGUACACACAUACAGGUGCAAUUCCUUACAGAUUUAGGAUUGCAACUUAAAGGUCUAUAAUACCAUAGUCUAUGUUUGCAUGAGAUUACUUAGUAUUAUAUUUUUGCUAGGCUUUGCAGACAAUACUUUGUGUUUAAGUAUUCCCAGUCUUGGAAUUAGGGAAAUGCAUUAGGGAAAUACGUUCAUGCUUGUUGUGUUUGUGUUUUGCAUUUGUGUUUUGUAUUUCUAUUGUAUGUAAAGUCAUACUAAAAUACCACAGCUGCUUAUUGCAUUUUUUGUUGUUUUUAAAAAACUUCUAGUCGCACCUUCUGUUGAUUUGUCCCGUUGUUAAUGCAUAUAACCAAAAAUAAUUGAGCAAACUA